AUGUUGCGUUCAUCGCCAUUUGGUGAAAAGUUGCGGAUGUCGUUGAGAUAUAGAAACGUGAAACCUGUGAUAAACACGGGAUUCAAUGCCCGUUUUGUGAAGGAAGAAUUGCGCGCUCUUAAUAAAGAAUUCCGGAUAAAGCCGAACGAGUGUUUCAAGCGAAUAGGGAUAAACGCGUUGGCAUUGUUGCUUCUCGAAGUGGCGGAACUUGAAGCUUUGGGGCUGGAAAGCAAAGGCGAUCCUCACUUUGAAGAACCUGUGGGUGGUGAUUACAGAACCAACGAUGCAGAGACGAUCAAUCCAACAGAAAGCGGCGAUUCAAAAGUCUUCUGCCGUAAAACAACGAGUAUUCCUCGUAUGUUCAAUGACUCAAAGAGCAAGGAAAUUCCAUCCGUCGCAAGUCUCAUGCGCGGAAUGGAUGGACCUGAUACUGGGCGUGGAGGAAGUCAAUCAGGAGUUGAUUCCACCUGGCAUCGCCCUUAUUUGUUACUCGACGUAAGAGACCCUGACCUUUUCUGUAAGGAAUCCAUUUGCACUGCCAAAAACUACCCGGCGUCACGAUUGAGCCGCGUUAAUUGGGAAGCACCUUUUCUUCGUCACUAUAAAAACAGAGCGAACCGUUUGAUAGUAUUGCUGGACGAUGAUGAAAUCCUGGCCGCAAAAGCGGCUACGGUUCUCGUGGAGCGUGGAUACGAUAAUGUCUACCUGCUGAGUGGGGGCUUGAAUUUGGCUAGAAAACGCUUCAAAUUUGGGGGACUGGUUGUAAAAGUUCCCGAAGGAUUUUUACCGUACAACGAAGACCAGGAAGGGCAUGUGGGACCAUUGUGGGAAGAAUUUGGAUCCUUGCGUGCACGACCAGAAAGCGUGGUUGGAAGAAAUAUCAGCCAAAGUGACGGGAAGUUAACGGAUCCCAGUCAUGACUGAUGUGCUCUGACGACAUGAUUGCAGGACUUCAUGAUCAAUUUUGCCUUUACCCGCAAUGCUUAAAUGGAAUUCGUUCGAAAGUCUCAAAUAUCUGGCUUUAAUUUUGUUCAGCGGGAGGAAUAGUUGAUAGUCGAUGGAAACGCUUUCGCGUGUUCGAAAUCGCGAAUCGGUGAUUUUGUAUUCUCUCCGUCCACGCGUACCCAGCUUUGUUACGUUAAUUGGAUCUCAGUUUGUACUAUUCGUGGGAUUAAUAAAUAUGGUAGCUAAUUGA